AUGGUGAAGACAUGCAAUGAUGUCCAUGCAUGUACAAAGGACGGGUUUAGUAAAGUGAUCAAGAGUGGAGUCCUUGCUCAGUUGUUCUUGAAUGACAUAAGGAAGGAUCCGACAUUCAAGGCUAAGGCGAUGCAAGAUGCGAUUGAGGAGCGUUACACCAUAGUUGCUACUUAUGAUCAGUGUCGGACAGCUAGAGCAAAAGCAUUGAAGAUGAUUCAAGAGGAAUAUGAUGAGCAAUUUGCUCGUCUACAUGAUUACAUGGAACAUCUUUUAGAAUCAAAUCCGGGUUCAACAGUGGAGGUUGGGACAUUGACUGAUGAUGCUGGUAUCGUCAGGUUUGAUAGGUUUUAUGUCUGCUUUGAAGCCCUUCGGAAGACUUGGCUUGCAUAUUGUCGGCCAAUAAUUGGCAUAGAUGGUUGCUUCUUAAAAAACGGUGUGAAAGGACAACUGUUGGCAGCUGUAGGAAGAGAUGCUAACAAUCAGUUCUAUCCGGUUGCUUGGGCAGUUGUGCAAACAGAGAACUUUGAUGCUUGGUUGUGGUUCAUUAAGAAGCUGAAGGUUGAUUUGAAGCUUGAAGAUGGUGAUGGAUUUACCCUUAUCUCUGAUAGACAAAAGGGAUUGCUCAAUGCUGUUGAUCAAGAGCUACCAAAGGUGGAACACCGGAUUUGCCAGAGUUUUAACGAAGCAGAGUAUAAUAGAGCAAUAGAGGAAUUGAAGAAGUUUGAUGAAGGUGUGUAUGAUGCUGUCAUGCAAAGAAAUCCGCAAAACUGUAGUCGUGCCUUCUUCGGCUGCAAAUCCAGUUGUGAGGAUGUUUCUAACAACUUUUCUGAGUCAUACAACAAUGCCAUCAAUAAAGCUCGGGAGAUGCCAUUAGUGGAUAUGUUGGAGACAAUAAGAAGAAAAACUAUGAUCCAUAUCGAUGCGAGGCUCAAGAAGGCUAUGAAACGUCAAGGAAGAAGAGAGGUUGCGAAAGUAUUGUCAAUUCUUUGUGGAAAUGGGCAGUAUGAGGUUCUUGAAAAUAAGCAUGGAUUCAAGGUGGAUAUGAAUGCAAAGAUAUGUGCAUGUCGAAGAUGGAGUAUGAUAGGGAUCCCUUGCCGCCAUGUUUUAAGAGUUAUACUGACCAAGAAGCACAAUCCUGAGUCGUAUGUUAACUGUGAUUGGUACUUGACAUCAACAAAUGUCAAGAUUUAUUCUGAGUCAAUCUCAGCAGUUAAUGGCAUUGGUUUUUGGAUAAGAUCUCAAGAGCCUAGGAUUCAACCACCACCACGAGAAGUUACAAAAGUAUCGUCGGUCAUAAUACUAGAAGUUGUCCAGCUCUCGGAGUUGUUGGUAGAAGGUGGAAGAAGAAAAAAACUGGUGAAGAACCAAGCCAAGGACAAAGCCAAGAAAAAAGCCAAGGACAAAGCCAAGGACAAAGCCAAGAACAAAACCAAAGACAAAGCCAAGGACUUAGUCAAAGCCAAGGACCAAGCCAGCAAUCUCAUAAUGAUUAAUGUGUAUGAAUGGAAUGAAGGAACUGAAUAG